GUCACCAUUUACGGAAGUGAAGUAGCCAUCGCCCAUCUACCGUGAGAGUUGAUUAUCGUAUUGACUUUUUUAGGGUAUUUUUUCGACUCGUGGGUCUUGAAAUUAAAUUUCACCACGCCCACAAUGCGAGAAUAUAAAAUUGUAGUUUUAGGCAGCGGGGGUGUCGGCAAAAGUGCCCUGACAGUCCAGUUUGUUCAAGGUAUAUUCGUAGAAAAAUAUGAUCCAACAAUAGAGGACAGUUAUCGUAAACAAGUUGAGGUGGAUGGGCAACAAUGUAUGCUAGAAAUUUUGGACACUGCCGGAACAGAACAAUUCACUGCAAUGCGUGACUUAUACAUGAAGAAUGGCCAGGGAUUUGUCCUGGUGUAUUCCAUCACAGCACAAUCUACCUUCAAUGACCUUCAAGACCUGCGGGAACAGAUUCUCAGAGUCAAGGAUACUGAUGAUGUCCCGAUGAUCCUGGUUGGCAACAAAUGCGAUCUAGAGGACGAAAGGGUCGUAGGCAAAGACCAAGGAGCCAACCUGGCUAGAUCUUUCAACAACUGUGCUUUUCUGGAGUCUUCGGCAAAGGCGAAAAUCAAUGUCUCUGAGAUUUUCUACGACUUGGUUCGGCAAAUUAAUAGAAAAAAUCCCGAUAAAAAGCCACUUUCAAAAAAGAAAAAGACAUGUUCACUUUUGUAAAUAGGUAGCGGAACGGAUGGGUAGCGAUGCUGUACAAAAGUCCCCUUCAAAUUUGUGUCUCAGAAAAGAGUAAAGGAUAUCGUGCGGAGCAUGUGUGUACGUCUCGGCGGCAGAAGAGAUUUUUGUGCAUUCUGUGUUCAGCAUUCGUACUACUACCUGAAGAACUGCAGCAGCAGGGGGCCAUGAUUCUUCAUAUUCUUUAUUAUAUAUACAUACAUAUAUAUACAUACAAUGUUCCUCCAAAUAUCGCCACACACGCUUCCGGAAAGAAAGAGACUCUCUCCCCCCUGCCUGCCUGUCUGUCUCCCCUUUUUUAAAAACUAUUAUUUAAUUCUUCUGAUUUUUGGAAGCUGGAAUUUAUCGUGUGAUUCGUUUCUCUCUCUUUAUCUCUGAUUGUAACACGAAACGGAGGACCCUCUCGUCCCCGGAAAAUAUCUGGAGACGCAACGGAUCUGUGCGACCUUGGUCGCGACCCCUGUCCCGUAGUCGAUGUCCCUCGAUGUGCACGCCUCCCGUCGGACGGCUCAAUUCUGAAAUCUGAUUUGUUUGUUCAAAUAUUUAUUUUUUGUGCGAAAUGUCCGUGGGACUUGCAUGUGGCGGAAAUGAUGCAAGAUUUUCAAUUCAGAUGGAGGUCUGUCGAAGGAUCGAAAUGCCGCGUUUUGUCUUGUUUAAUGAGAAAUACCUGCACAAUGUCAUUUUUAUUUAUUUUCUAGAUUUGUGCAAAAUUGGUGUAAAUGUAUUUUUGGAGUAAAAUAGUUAAUUGCCUCCAUCAAUUAAGCCAUUUAUCUUGCAUUUCAAAGCAUGUGGCUAUUUUUCUGGCAGCAGAAGCAAACUCUUUCCUGGGAUAGUUCAAUGAUUGGGAUUUUAGCACAAUUGCCAAAUUUUAAAUUGAUUUUAUUCUUGCAAUAUCUUGAUUUUAUUCUGGCAAUAUCUGCACGACCGGAAUACAUUUAUCUUAGCGUCUAAAAUUUUGGUUAAAAUUGUUUAAAUUGUAAGAAACCCACUUAUUGAAAUCAUCCCCUCUUUCCCAGUAUUAUGGAUGAUCAUCUUCAAUUCCGAAGCAAAUCAAAUAGUAAAAAAUUAAAUUGCUAAUCAGCGUUACUGUGAGUGCUUGUAGUUUCAAUUCAUUUUAAGGGAUAGAAUUGAUAUAAAAUCAGUAAUAUGUUUCUAAGUUUAUUCCACUGUGGAUUAUGGUUUCUCUCUUUUGUUUCCAAGAUGUUCAUGUAGUAAACUAGAUACCCGAUUAGAGUUUAUUGGAUUCAAAAACCAUGUUGAAAUUGAGUUCAGUGGUGCACUCUUAGAACUACUGAUUAACCACAAAGGCUGAUUGCAUGCUACAUGGAUACUUAAAAUGAUUUACCUCGUGUUAAUUAAAGUGUUGAAAUAUAAAUAAUUGAUUGAAUUUUUUAAAUAAUUCCUUUGCAAUUGAAAAAAAGAUCGUUUUUGAGAUAAUCAUUCCUAUUUAUAAUAAUUGACAUUUUUACCACAAUGAAUUGAAGCUCAAUGAAUGUGUAUCAUGUAGAAUUUACAAUGAAUUGAUAUUAAAUCUCCUCAAUGCCGUACCACUCCGUGAUCAAGAGAAUUGCCAAAAGUUUUUUGUAAUACGAAACUACAUACACAACAUUUUUUUUUUCUCCCCCAAUUACAAGUAUGAUAGUCAGUGAUAAAAAUUGAUGUAUUUUCUUGAUCAGUUAGUUUCUACAUUCUCUCAUCUCAAAGUUUAUUUUGCUUUUGACCAUUAUCCUUGGGGCAAAAGCAAAAUUUUACCGAGUGUUUUCAUUUCCAAAAAAAAUGAAAUUGAUGUUACAGGUGAAAAGUAACAUUUUGCUAAUGAUUAUUUGUUGUAGUUGUAAAGACGAUAUAAGUGAGAAAAUGAAUAAAAAAAACUUUUGAGUGCACAGCUUACAUAAUUCAUGAUUAAAGCACUAUGUACACUUAAGUUCUGUUACAAUUGAAAACAAAAUAUUUUUUAUACCAUACUGUAUAGAGUCUCCUUCUCAAAAAAGUUCAUAUGCUCAUAUUGAGUUAAAAAUAUAUUAAAACAUGCUUCAAAAUUUAAUUUUAAAAAUUUGGGGAAUACUAUGGUAUUUUCUUUUCCCAAAUUUUGAAUAUCUUGCAUCAUUUCCAGAUAAAAGCUUCAUGGACACUUUGCUUAGUUAUGAUUGAAAAAAUAAUUUUUAUUCCCUAUUGUAUAAAUUCUCCAUCCAAAAAAAAAAGGAAAAACACACAUAUGCUCAUUAUAUCAAAAUGAAUGGAUUUGAAAUAUAUUAAAGCAUACUUCAAAUUUUAUUAAUGAUUCAA